UCUUUUAGCGGAUGUACGUUAGCGGUCGCGCUUCGUCGUUUCCAAAUGUGGCUAGUGCGGCGUAAGUUCAGUUUAGGUUUGAUUGAUGGACCGUAGGCGGAAACUAUACGUUGUAAACUUUGUACGAUGGUCGCAAAGGGCUAGUUUUUGAUGUUUAUUUUGCACUUGAGACUCCGAAUCUGUCGCCGAGUUUCACAUGUGAAUAUAUCCGUCCUUUCAUAAACUCUAGAUAGCGAGCGGAAGACGUGGGUUAGUCUGAGUUGUCAGUUGAGUUGAGCUAAUGUUUCUUAGCUUAGCGUAUGUGAGGUAAGUUCAGUAUCAGGUGAGUUGAUCUGCUUGAAUCUGAUAUCAGCUAGAAUUACUCGAUAUCUGCCGCAUACCGCUGCGGUGCUGGUUGCAAGUCAGUGAUUUAGGGAUGUUAGGGGGAAACGGGGCUGCCAGAGGGGCCGGGCGCUCGGGGAACGGCGCGGGCAUGACUUCUCUACAGGUAGGUAGCACAGUUGGGGCUUUAGGGGCAGUAAACUCCGCCAUGAACCUGCCCGAUGGGCGCAGAUAUGACGACAGGCCGUCAGAUCAUCAGACGGUGCUGAGCGGGUCUGAUGGAGACUCGGACUCUGUCGAGGAUGAGGAGAUUUCCGUGUCGGACAGGAGAGGAGUGAAGCGGGAGAGGAGUGAGAUGGAGGUCGGGGGAUCCUCUGGAUCUAACGCCGGACUGGCUGUUGGAUAUGGGGGGGUUUCCAGCGGGGUGGCUGGAGCAAAACCCGGCAAGAAAACGCGAGGACGGGUGAAGAUUAAGAUGGAGUUCAUUGACAACAAGCUGAGAAGAUACACGACCUUCAGCAAGAGGAAGACUGGCAUUAUGAAGAAGGCAUAUGAGCUGUCCACCCUAACAGGAACGCAAGUUUUGCUGUUGGUUGCUAGCGAGACUGGUCACGUCUACACGUUCGCCACACGGAAGCUACAGCCCAUGAUAACUAGUGAGACGGGUAAGGCCCUCAUCCAAACCUGCCUGAACUCCCCCGAUUCACCGCCCCGAACCGAUCCUUCAACCGACCAGAGGAUGAGCGCCACAGGAUUUGAGGAGACUGACCUCACCUACCAGGUUUCAGAGGUGGAUGGUCUCACUGAGCCGAAGGACAUGAUGAAACCCACAUAUACUUCUGUUAGUAUACCUGGAGCCACCAGCACCAAUAGCACGACCACGCAGUCGUCGGCCUCUUCCUCUCCCUCCUCAUCCUCGGUCACCAUGCAGACUCAGAGCAGUGCCACCUGCUGGCCUAUCUCCGCCCAGAGUGUCUCCAGUGCAAAUGGCACGGUGUUGAAAGCGACGGCUAGUUCGCCCGCUGGGUUGAUGCAGCUGCCCAGCGGAUUCACUCUCAUGCCAGGCACUGCUCUUCCGCCCGGCACACACACCAUUCCCCUCAGUCAACUGCAGACGCAUUCUCUGGCCAUACAGUGUCCGCAGACGCAAAACAGCCACAUCACGGCUAGCACCACAACCACCGCCGUACCCGCAUACACACAAGCCACCCCACAGACCACGCUCUUCCGUCUGCCCGCCACUGUUUCGCUUACAGGUGGUCCAAUGCCUCAACAGUUACAAGCCAUCCAAGUUCACCCCAGUUCUCAAAGCAGCGAGAGUAGCCCAGAGAUCAGUCAAACCUCCUCCACCUCCACUGCAAGUCACACGGCUACCAUUGUCACUUCCUCAGUGCCUUCUUCAAUGGCAGGUCACAUGAUGUAUCCCGGAGCGCACGUCAUGUAUGCUACAUCCACCCCUACGCUUACCGACGGAGGUUUAACAGUCCUGAAUACCUUUCCACAAGCACCAACAGCGAUGCACGUGUCCCACACAUCAGGCCAAGACUCAGGUGGAGUUCCCCAGAUGUUUCUUACAGGGCCUCCAGGAACCGUACAGAUACCAGUUUCAGCUGUCCCCCUACAUUCGAUGUUGAUCAACCAGCAGCCCAACAGUAACAGCGGCGCCACCCUCACAGAGCUGCGGGUGGUCAAUCUGGACAAUACCAAAGGAGACUGACGUUGACAAGGAGUCCGGGUGACUGCUCGCUUAUACCGAUUCCUCCUGGGAUCAAACAUGCCAUGCAAUCAGACUGCCAUUAUAUUUAUUACUGCCUUCUCACUGCGUCGGGUUCACAGACCCGUGACACGUGAAUGACGGGACAUUUGAAAGCCUCUUUACGGACUCCAUUCGGUGGGUAGUGUGAUAAUGGAUUAUAUUUGUUUAUAUGUAUACAAAGACAAACAUCUAUACCGAGAUGUCUGCACUAUCGCAGCAGGUGCUGAAGGUUCACCUUUUGCCCAAAGAUUUAGAAAUGUUGACGGGUGGACAGAGAUACUUGAUUGUUGAGUCAUUUAAGUUUAAUUCGAAACGGUGGUAUUCAAACCUUGUAACUCGCCCCUUGAUAUUUGAGUCAUAUAGGUGAUUAUAUAAUUGCAUGUACAUUUGGUGUCCAAAGUCAUUUUCAUUUUAUUUUUAAUUAUUUGAAUAAUUUAGUACUCAAUAUUCAUGGACCACAAGAUAUUACAGGCUGUAAGUGUCUUGUAUAGCUGAAAAUCAUGUCCAAAAUGGAGUAACAAUGUUGACAUUCGUGAGCGAGCGUGCGUGCGUGCGUCCGUUCGUGAGCGAGCGAGCGUGCGUCCGUUCGUGAGCGAGCGUGCGUCCGUUCGUGAGCGAGCGAGCGAGCGCGCGUGCGUCCGUGCGUUUGUGUGCGUGCGUUCGUGAGCGUGCGUGCGUGCGUUCGCGUGCGUUCGCGAGCGUGCGUGCGUUCGCGAGCGAGCGUGCGUUCGUGAGCGAGCAUGUGUGCGUUUGUGAGCGAGAGAGAGUCUGUGUAUGACUGUCAGUGUUGUUACAUACUGUCAACACUGUUACUCUACCUUGGUAACAGAGACAGUAACUGAGUUGACACUGACUAAUUCUGACAACAGGAAAUCGUGAUUUUCAGCUAUACAAGACACUUUUUACAGAAAAUACUUUAUUGUUACUUUAUGGCCUAGAUCUUGUGAUCCAUGACAUAUGAGUAACUAAUAAUUAAAAUAAUAAAAAAAACAAUUGAAAAAACACCAAUCAUACCUGCAUUUAUAUAAUCACUCAAAUAUUUAAGAUCUUGUAUUUUAGUUCAGAUGUAAUGUUUCACUUACACACAUUUUACAUAUACUGUAUAAUUUGUAAAUUAUUUUGCUGUUCAUGUUUACCGAGUAAGUUAUUUCAACAGAAUUUAUAAGAUGCUAUGGAGUUACAUAUAGUCUAAGAAUACGGGAAAGUGAUCAUAAGACUUUUGUUGGGGUGAACUAUCCAUUCAAAUAAUAUGUCUUGUUUAAAUACUUUCAAUACUUACUAGGGGGUUUGUGUACAGUUUGAAUACCAUUGUAGAAGAUAUGCCUAUAUCUUAACAUUAAUUUUUAAAUCUAACUUUACCCUUAUGGCAUCUUGUAUUGUCUUUAUUUCUCAAUUAUUAGAUCAUAUAAAUGUGCUGCUAGAAUUAAGUUUUGGGUUCAGAAGGCAUCCACAUUGUAAAAUUAUCGGACAAAGACCAUUUGUCAUUCCAUGUUGUAAAAUGCUGUGCCAAACUAUAUUGUACAUUGAAACCGAAUGAAUAUUUUGUGGUCGUAAGACGUGCUUUUACACAAUGCUGUAACAGAAAGACACUGACUUGCAUUUGUAAUGCUUGACAAUGUACCUACAGUGAUGAAUACGGUACUGCGCAGUCACAGGUCAAAAAUGGACACUUAACCUUGUAGUUACAGCUGGAAAGGUUCAUCAAUUCAAUUGAAUUGUUCUUCGAUUGCCAACUCUUUAUAUGUGCACCCAUAUAUUUUUGUAAGAGUUUGUUAGCGUGUUGUAUUUUUUGAACACUUAAUUAUAUAUAUAUAUAAACCACUUUUUCAAGGACUUUAAUUUGGAUGUCCAAAGGGCUGUAUAUCUUACUAUGGUCUGCUAUAUGUACAUUUGAUUUGGUUUCGACUAAACAGACCACGAAGCCUUGCAAUUGCGUACUGUUAAACAGAUUGACAUGGACCAUUGAAAUACUGAAUGUUUUAGGAAUGGUGUCAUCUCUUCAUUUUGGGGUCGACGAACCUGAAAAGAUCUUUCUUUAACUUCAGAUCAAGUAGGAUUUACGAAGUGUCCAGAACAAAAGUGUUUGUGUUGUUCAGUAUUAAUAGCUUUUCUUUAAUGCAGGGAAGACUUACUAGAGUUCUUCGGUGAAUCUUGUCCAGGUCAUUUGAUAAAAACCGAGGAAACUGAAUUUUGCAUAAAUUGCAUUGUGGCAUUAUUAUCAUCAUUAUCAAUUAUUAAGACACCACAUCUGAUUCUUAAAUGCAUGGUGCAAUGAUCUCCUCUAUUAUCAGUAAAAUAACAUAUUUAAGUAUAUAUAUGCCAUGGUGGUAUUUUUUGUACCACAUUUUUAAGCUGCUUAAGCAAAAUGUGAAUAUGGUUGUAUCACAUUACAUUACAUUAAAAAAGUGACAAAAAAGUUUUCAAAUGUCAUGGCAAUGGGUUUCAGUUUUCUCAAGUUCUUGUUUGAUUUUAGGGAAAUGUGACCUGGACAUGUUUUUAUUUCACACGUUUGUUUUCAGUUUUUUUUAACUAGUUGUUAUUGUGUGGAAUGUACUAUAUAUGGCCCUUAUUGUACAUAAUAAUUUCGAUUUCCUAUUACUUUAAACCGUCUGUAAGUAGCUCACAUGGCUGCUUUUGAAAUUAAAAUAUGUCUGCACCCUGAAAAUA